AGAGGGUCUUAUUCCCUCCAUGCAAUCCCCAGCUGCCGGCGACCACGCUCCCCGGGCCACCGACGCCCCACUCGCCCAGCCCCCCGAAAAGGACUAACCACCGUCUCGGAAGGGUACGAUGCCUCAGUGAUCUCCCCCGUCCCGAUCCCAGGUGCUCCUCUGCCUCCCUCCGGGGCCCCCGCUUCCCUGUGUGACGCCUGCCGUGGAAAGAGACCCCCGAUGGACUUACACCGGGCAGCCUUCAAGAUGGAGAACUCGUCCUAUCUCCCCAACCCGCUGGCCUCUCCGGCCCUGAUGGUCCUGGCGUCCACCGCGGAGGCCAGCCGGGACGCCUCCAUCCCCUGCCAGCAGCCCCGACCCUUCGGGGUCCCCGUCUCCGUGGACAAGGACGUGCACAUCCCGUUCACCAACGGCUCCUACACCUUCGCCUCCAUGUACCACCGGCAGGGUGGGGUGCCGGGCACCUUCGCCAACCGCGACUUCCCCCCUUCCCUGCUGCACCUCCACCCCCAGUUCGCGCCCCCGAACCUGGACUGCACCCCCAUCAGCAUGCUGAACCACAGCGGGGUCGGGGCCUUCCGCCCCUUCGCCUCCCCCGAGGACCGGGAGACCUACCAGUCGGCCUUCACGCCGGCCAAGAGGCUCAAGACCUGCCACGACCCCGAGUCGCCCCACCUGCGCUUCUCAGACGCGGAAGGCAAGGAGUACGAGUUCGGGACCCAGCUGCCCUCCGGCUCCCCCGGCUCCCUCAAGGUCGACGACACGGGCAAGAAGCUCUUUGCCGUCUCCGGCCUCAUUUCCGACCGGGAGGCCUCCUCCAGCCCCGAGGACAGGAACGACAGAUGUAAGAAGAAGCCCACCCUGUUUGACAGCCAGGCUCCCGUCUGCCCCGUCUGCCAGACCCUCCUCCGCCCCGGAGAGCUACAGGACCACAUGGAGCAAGAGCUAGAGAAACUUGCCCAGCUCCACAUCAGCAAAAAUUCUCUCCUGAAGGAUGCCAUGGCCCCAGGGACUCCCAAGUCUAUGUUGUUGUCAGCCUCCAUCAAACGGGAAGGAGAUUCCCCGACGGCGUCGCCCCACUCCUCCGAUGACCUCCAGCAUUCGGACAGAUAUCAGACCUUCCUGAGAGUGCGAGCCAACAGGCAGACCCGGCUGAAUGCUCGGAUCGGGAAGAUGAAGCGUCGGAAGCAGGACGAAGGGCAGGUAUGUCCCCUGUGCAGCCGGCCCCUGGCAGGAUCGGAGGAGGAGAUGAGUAGGCAUGUGGAGCAGUGUCUGAGCAAGAGGGAAGGCCCCUGCCUGACGGAGGACGACUCGGUGGACGUCGAGGGCGAGAACGGGCCGCGCUUUGAGGAGUACGAGUGGUGCGGACAGAAGAGGGUGCGGGCCUCCACCCUCCUGGAGGGCGGCUUUCGAGGCUCCGGAUUCAUCAUGUGCAGCGGCAAGGAGAACCCCGACAGCGACGCAGACCUGGACGUGGACGGGGACGACACACUGGAAUACGGGAAGGCACAGUACACGGAAGCCGACAUCAUCCCGUGCACCGGGGAGGAGCCCGGAGAAGCCAAGGAGAGAGAGGCCCUCCGGGGGGCCGUCCUGAACGGGGGCACCCCCAGUACCCGGAUAACCCCAGAGUUCUCCAAGUGGACCAGCGACGAGAUGCCCUCGACGAGUAACGGGGAGAGCAGUAAGCAGGAGGCCAUGCAGAAGACGUGUAAGAACAGCGACAUUGAAAAGAUCACCGAGGACUCGGCCGUGACCACGCUGGAGGCCCUGAAGGCCCGCGUGCGGGAGUUGGAGAGGCAGCUGUCGCGCGGGGAUCGCUACAAGUGCCUCAUCUGCAUGGACUCGUACACGAUGCCCCUGACGUCCAUUCAGUGCUGGCACGUGCACUGUGAGGAGUGCUGGCUGCGGACUCUGGGUGCCAAGAAGCUGUGCCCGCAGUGCAAUACCAUCACGGCUCCCGGAGACCUGCGACGCAUCUACUUGUGAAAGAGGCCCCGGCUCUGGGAGCCUUCCGUCCUGCGCAUCGCCCCCGGCCCCGGGGGAGCCAGCCCCCGGCCUCAGCGGAGACCCGGGGCGGGGGAGAAGCCCGCACGCAGACACACACAAACACACACGAGGACGGUGGGGCCGAACCAGAGGGCGAGGAGCAGCGAGCACACACCCCCCCCCACCCCCCCCCCAUCCCUCCCUCCCAACCUCCCGCGGAGGAUGGCGGUGGAUUUGAGUCGUCCCCCCCCACACCCCCAGCUCGGCGCCUGAGGCCCCGGGGCGCCGCCGAACGCUCCCUGCAGGGUCCCGUUUCGGUUGUGUUCGUUUCCGGUUUUGUCGACGCGCGCGUUUCGGUUGCGUUCUGUGGUGUUCUCGUGGCGAGGCGUCGGAGGCGGACCGGGCCGGAGCCUCACGGAAGCACAUGUCGGAUAGAGACUGUAUGUUUACAGUGUUGUGUGGGAAAGGCGGCCGCCCUGCCAGCACACGCCCCACCCCCCCCACCCCCGUCGGGUGGAGUAUUAUUAUUAUUUUAUUAUUAUUAUUAUUAUUCGGUUUCUCCAUUGGUUCCUCCCCCCCGCCCCGCCCCGCCGCCCCGCCGUUGGUUUUUUGUCGUCGUUGUUGUUUUAAGGAAAAGAUGGCGCGGAGAACAUUAAACCCAUAUUUUUCUUGGUUCUGCGAAAGUUUCGGCAUUAAAGUCAUUAGUUUAAGAACAAAGUCUAUAUAUACAUAUAUAUAAUAUAAAUGGUUUAAUGUUCUGUGGUGUAUAUUUCUUCAUUCAGAUAUGAAGUUAACAGCUCUUAGUAAUGGCUGUAGUCUCGCCCAUAACUUAAGUCUUAUGGGGAUUAGGGAGAUGGGGUUUUUUUUGUCAUUAGUCGUAGCUAAUGGGGCUAUUUAUAACGAGCUCUCCCCCCCCCCCGCCCCCAGCCCUCGCCCCACGUGCGUCACCGCGAGCGGACGGAGCCGGUGGCCGCCCCGCUGCGGCGUUAGAGACGGGAGUCCCCCGCGUCCGUCCUCCCUUCCCCUCGCCUCUCCCCGUCCCUUCGGGGAGAGGGCCAGACCGGGAUCCGGCUGCCGGACCCGCAUCCCGCCCCGGGGAGGGACGGAGGGGACCCCCCCCCCCCGCCCCGGAAGACGAGGCCGUCGGGUCAGCCGGAGAGGCCCACUGGCCACCGGAGACGAGGAGGCCGGGCCGCCCGCGGAGUGAUUCUGUGUCUGUAGAUUCCUAUACCGAGGUACUUGUCAUUCCCGUUUGUAAACUACAUUUGACAUGGAUUAAACGAGUGUAAAGUGCG